AUUUCAUUUUAUUUGCUCAGUCGUCUAUUGAAGACUAGUCGUAAACGUCGUAACGUAACACAAAAAUGCGUACGUUGUUUAGCUUCGUCAUGAUCGUUUUGGUCAACGUGGCCAUAGCGUUCGUCUCUUUACAAGUUGUCCCACGUCCGUCUGAUUGGGACAAUGCGUGUGAACACAAUGGAGCAUAUUACAACAUCGGAGAAAGUUGGGACGGGGAGAAUUGUACAAAAUUGACGUGCGAAUAUCUGAACGAAACUAACAAUAUGAUUUCUACGAUGGGAUGCGGUACCGCAUUAUAUCCAGGAUUAAAUGAAAGCUGCUCGUUGGUGUAUCCAACCUCUUUGGGUUAUCCUGUAUGCUGUACACCAGUUAUAUUGUGCUGAUAACUCAUACUGUAAAUAAUAUAUUUUGACAAAUAAAAACUGAUUUAAUAAAGCUGAAAAAA